GGCAAAUUCAAACAAACAAUAUGCUGAUCUAAAUUUGUGUUGUUGCGUGUUUAAUACUUGAUUUGAGUGUCGGAUUUUAUGCCUUGUCUGCCUUUCAAUCAUGGGUGAUUUUGGUGAAGACAGCGACGACAGCGAUGGAGAAGGAGGAAUGGGUAAUGUCAACAGGAUAAUCAUGAGGCCUCCAGGUCACAGUGGCAAAGCGAAGCGAGGACACUUAUGUUUUGAUGCCUCGUUUGAGACAGGAAAUUUGGGCAGGGUCGAUUUGGUAAAUGAAUACGAGUACGAUUUGUUCAUACGACCGGAUACAUGUAGUCCACGAUUAAGGUUUUGGUUUAAUUUUACUGUGGACAACGUCAAACAGGAUCAGAGGGUUGUUUUUAAUAUUGUGAAUAUUAGUAAAGGCAGAAACUUAUUUAUGGACCAAAUGACGCCCAUUGUUAAAUCCUCGAGUCGGUUAAAAUGGCAACGCAUACCGAAGCAGUUCGUUUUCUAUCACAAGUCGCCUGCCCAUCAGGGCCAUUACGUUUUAAGUUUCUCAUUCGGCUUCGACAAAGAGGACGACGUCUUUCAAUUUGCGCUGGCUCCGCCGUACAGUUACUCUCGACUGCAGUCCGUCUUAAACGUGAUUGAAAAGAAAUCGGCGCAUUUAAAUGAAACGUUCAAACGAGAAGUCCUGGCCACCAGCAUUCAAAAGAGAAAAAUGGACCUGAUAACGAUCGGUUCUUUGGACCGGUUCAAGUCAUCCACUAAAAGGAGGGUGGUGGCAAUCAUGGCUCGAGUGCAUCCCGGUGAAUCACCGGCCAGUUUUGUGUGCCAAGGUCUUUUGGAGCUGUUAAUUAGCUCAAACGCUAUAGCAUCUAUAUUAAGACAACACGUGAUAUUUAAAAUAAUUCCGAUGUUAAACCCGGAUGGCGUUUUUCUGGGUAAUUACAGAAGUACUGUGAUGGGAACUGAUUUGAACAGAUCGUGGCAUAUAGCGAACAGUUGGUGCCACCCUACGAUUAAAGCUGUGAUAGACAUGUUAAUUACUUUAGAUAAAAACAAAGAGUUUCAGUUAGAUUUUAUUGUUGAUAUACAUGCACACUCCAGUUUGAAGGGAUGUUUUAUUUAUGGAAAUACUUACGAUGAUGUUUAUAGGUAUGAAAGGCAUAUAUUAUUUCCCAAACUUCUAUCAACAAUCGCCGAUGAUUAUAUAGCAGAAAAUACAAUGUUUAAUUCCGAUAAUAGUAAAAUUGGAACUGCUAGAAGAUAUUUAUGCUCUUUACUUAGCAAUAAAGUUAAUUGUUAUACCUUUGAAGUUUCUAUUUAUGGUUAUAAAUUAAAAGGAUCUGAUGUUGUAAUACCUUAUACAGAAGAGAGCUAUAUGAGAUGUGGCAGAAAUCUAGUGCGUACCUUUUUAGAAUACUACCACAACACAGGGGCAAUACCUCUGGAACUAACAGCAGAACCAACCACCAAAAAACGACCAAGGACACACCACCACAGAAGGAAACCAAGAGUUAGGUUCCAGCAAAGACCGAUGACUAGUAGAACCCAAGCUCAGCUUCAUUUCAAAAACCUCAGCAUCAAUUAUGACAGCGAAACAUCCUAUGACGAUUACACCUACAGCUACAGAAAUUCGAGUCCUCAGAGGACAUUCGACAAGAUCAGCGAACAGUACAACUUGAAGAAGGGCGGAAAGGAUUUCGAGCAAAGGUUUUACAGGAGCGACUCACCCUUGCCCACAGCCGUUAUGGUGAUGCCCGAGCCCAGUCUUUCGAUAAUUGAUUUUAAUAUUAUGAGCAGGAACGACAUCGAAAAGGCCUCAAAUUUGAACAGAAAAAGCGAGAAAUAUAGAAAAUGAAAUAAAUUUGUUUUAUUUGCCAAGUUAGCCAUAAAAGAAACAAUAGGUGAUUAUUCUAUCAUGUGCAG